AUGGCCGCUCUCCAUCUCUCCCUGCUCCAGACUUCAGAGAUUUACCUCAAGAAUCAGGCCCUGAUACUCAACACCACAUGGUCGGGUCCUGAACGGACCAGCCACCUAGCGGAAGGAAUGGGUGAUGGUGGUGAGCCAGAGCAGCCAGCGAACAGCUCGACGCCAGCCGAGGAUGAAAGGUGGAAGCGGAAGCUUCUGGAACAUAAAAAGCGAAGGGAAGCAUGGUUGGAGAAGGAGCGGCUGGAGAAGGAGAGGCUGGGGAAGGAGAGGCUGGAGAAGGAGAGGCUGGAGAGGGAGAGGCUGGAGAGAGAGAGCGACUGGAGAGAGAGAUAG